GUCAUCUUAUCAGGAAGAAGCGCACCAGUUCACAGAGAGUGGAGAAGCGCGGUCCAAUUCUGGAUGAAAUAGCUUCUACCAUCUAGAUCUAACACAUCAGUUUCUUUUUGUCAGUGCCGUUAUGCCUGAUGAGAUGUCGAGACCUUUAAUCCGAGGCGGAGGCGAAGGAGGACGCUCCAGACGUCUUGAAGCCUCCGUGUCUGAGCCCGGCGCUCCAGUGAUUGGCAUUGUGGGUACGGGCGACUUCUCUCGCUCACUGGCCAGAAGGCUGGUGGCCUCUGGCUACCAAGUGGUGGUGGGAAGUCGAACCCCCAAACGCUCUGUGGCUCUGUUCCCUGAAGAGGCUGAGGUGACCUCCCAGAUGGAGGCAGCCAGUCAAGCGGACCUGGUCUUUGUAGCUGUGUUCCCCGAGCACCACUCCACGCUGGUUCAAUUAAAACCAGCACUGGCUGGGAAGACACUGGUGGACGUCAGCAACAGUUUGCAGAUCAACCGAGACGGGCCUUCAAAUGCCGAACAGCUGGCCGAUCUGUUUCCGGAGAGUUUUGUCGUCAAAGGGUUUAACACCUUAUCGGCCUGGACGCUCCAGAUGGGCCCUCGGGAUGGGAGCAGGCAGGUUUUCCUGUGCAGUGACAAUCACAAGGCCAAGAGCUCAGUGAUGCAGCUGUGUCGCAGAAUGGGCUUCAUCCCUGUCGACAUGGGCCUCCUCUCUUCUUCUCUGGAGAUCGAAAACCUCCCCCUCUAUCUUUUUCCCUCCUGGCGCAUUCCCAUCAUCUGCACCCUGGCCCUGUUUAUCUUCUUCUACCUGUACAACUUCACCCGUGACGUCCUGCAGCCCUUCGUCACGGCAAGGAAGAGUGUUUUCUACAAAAUGCCCAUUGAGACUGUCAAUGUCACUCUUCCCUCCGUGGCCUUGGUGAUGUUGGCGCUGGUCUACGUGCCUGGUUUGUGCGCCGCUUUCCUCCAGCUGUGGUGGGGCACCAAGUACAAUCGAUUCCCCGACUGGCUGGACCGGUGGCUAACCAGGAGGAAGCAGUUAGGGCUGUGCAGCUUCCUGUGUGCAGUCCUGCAUGCCAUCUACAGCCUGUGUCUUCCCAUGAGGAAGUCUGCUCGCUACAAACUUCUCAACGCUGCUUUUAAACAGGUGAAGGACAAUGCGGAGAACUCGUGGGUUGACGAGGAGGUGUGGAGGAUGGAGCUGUACCUCUCUGUGGGCAUCAUGGCCCUCGGGCUGCUCUCUCUGCUGGCUGUCACCUCGCUGCCCUCAGUGGCCAACACCGUCAACUGGAGGGAGUUCAGCUUCAUACAGUCCACGCUAGGUUACUGCGCCUUGUCCGUGGCCACCCUCCACACACUCCUCUUUGGUUGGGGCCGUGCCUUCGACUCGGCCCAGUACCGCUUCUGCCUGCCCCCCACCUUCGUACUGGUCCUGAUUCUUCCGCUGACGGUUCUGCUGGGCCGCCUGCUUCUCUUCGUGCCCUGCAUGGCCGGGCGUCUCCGGCAGAUCCGCCGCGGCUGGGAGAGGAGCCGACACAUCCGCUUCACCCUGCCGAACGACGACUGCCACAACGGGCUGGAGGAUGUCAGUAAUGUGUGAAAAAAAACACCUCUUUAGAUGUGUGAAUGAAGAUCCAGACAAAAAAGGUGUCAACGUAGAGCUCUUUGUGUGUGCACACUCACGAAUAUCGCGCUCAGCAACACUCGCACAGAAGAUGAAAGAUUUAUACAUCGUUGGAAUGUAGUGAAGGCUUCUUUCUAUGGCCUGUUGAAAGUGUUAUAUAAUUAGCUGGUAGUUCCUUAGAGAUAUCUGACCAGGAGAGUGGUCAGCCUUUUGCACUAUGCAUUCAAAUAAUCAGUAUUUAGUUCCUCUUUGUACUUUAUACUUUAAUUUAUUGUUUCCUGUUGACAUUCAGUUUGAAAUUUCAACCUGGAACUAAAGAAAAAUUUUAGUUUCUGGUUUAAUUUAUGCAAAACAGUCACUGUUACACGUCUCAUGAACCUGCUGAACACGAAGCAGUACAACUGAAUUUUACACUAGUUCAUAACUCGAGUCCUUGGAGUAAGGUUUCUUCAGUCUGAUCAUCAGAAAUGGACUUGGCCUUUUUCUUCUUUCCAGUUUAAAGGUUUUGAUACUUUUUUUUCUGUUCUGUACAGAGUUUUGUAAAAAGAGCCUUCAACACAGCCGAUCAUCUUGUUCUGUCCACUUACAAAAAUGAAACUUCAUUUUGUUGUGAGGUUUUUCACUGAUUAGAUGUCAGUGGUGGUUUUAUUCUCAAACUAUGAAAUUUCAUUAUGCUGUCAUAUUCGUUUAUAGUGUUGUGGGCUGUAUGAAAACGAUUAUGGUGGGGAGGGUGGGGGCUAACUCUUAUGUUCCACUAUUUUAAAAAGCAUGACCUUCCCCGGCAUUAUGAAUAUUUUCUCUGGACCCUGUAAACUUCAGUCCUUUAACCAUUAAACGAGUACUUCAUACUCAAAAACUAAUAAAAUAAAAAUGGGUGAAAUGGUUUCCCUUAAAGAACUAAGAUGACAGUUUAAACAUGAAAUAAAUUAACAUUCAUUUUCACAAUAUGCGUCACCAACACAUACUGUGUUAGAAGCUUUUGCUUUACCUCACUCUUGGUUUUAUACAAUAUAUGUAUAAACAAAGUGUCUUGUCUGUCGAGGCUCAUGGGAAAAGGAAACACGAUAACGUCAUGUCUUUUUUUUCUCAAAGCCCUCACACAGAAACGUGACUGUUGUCCUUUGCAUAUUGCAAAACACACCUUUUUAUCUUUUUAUGAGCCGUGUCUCACAGGAAAAUCUUCUUCUUUUUUAAUGUUAAAUAUUUUCAUGUAAUUUCUUUGAUAAGAAAUCUCACAUGGGGGAAAAGUUGAAUGAAAAUAGAAAUACAGAGGAAGAAGAAAAAAGAAGCCUCUCACAAAAGUCAUAUGACAAUAGUUGCCCCCAUUUUCUGACCACUCACCCCCACUAAUAAUUUUCAUACAGUCCCUUACUCAGGUGUUGUUCAUAUCUGAAGCAGUUGGCUGCUGGGGGUCGUUUUACAUUGUACAACAACAUUGAACAAAUCUACAUUUGUUUUUGUUUUUUCCUUUUUACUUGUUAUUGAUGAUUUUUUUUUUUUUUAGUGUUGUACUAAUCUGACGUCCUGGUAAUCUCCCAUCAGUGCAUCAUAUUUAGCUCAGUGAGCUGUUGCAGAACUUUAUUGUUUUAACAACGGGAAGAAAACACACAGUUUGCUGCUGUUUUGUGAUUUCAGCAGUUUCUUUCAUGGUUUAUGUGAGUUUGUAUUUUCUCAGUCUUGUGUUCUUGCCAAAGAUUGAUCCUGUUACCUGAUGAAUAUGUUUUCUGAAUCUAAAUUAACAUUUCUUAGUAGUGUACUGAAAUUUAAGAUAGUGUCUAUUAUCAUAAAGAUACGAAUGUAAAGAUUUCAAAUGGAAAUUUCAAGAACAUAGA